AGAAUCACUCGAUCAAUAUCGUCAAGACAAGGCGACCCUUGCUGCAUUGACAGGCACCCCUUUUUUUUUUAUGUCCGACUCCUGUUUAUCGGGAGAAACAUCCUUCUUAAGAGCGCGGUAAAUGUGGGACCUAGAUGGCGGGAUUGAAGGAUCUGGCCAAUUGAAGAAGGAAUCGAUCGUCUUGUACGUGCAAAUGCAAAUGAUGAAACUUAUCAAGGAAUGGUUAGUGCCCGGGGUCGGGGAGUUAUCACCGGAAAAUUAAUAUUUACGGAUCGCCCAUCAUUAGUUCGUGUGAGAACAUGGGUGUAAUGGCCUCGCAGAUUUCCGUAUAUCAUCUCUUAUAUCGAUCAGCUAUAGCGAUGUUAUGCGUCGGCAUGAGUUCUUCAUGGCAAGAGACUCAAGUUGACACGCUCCCAGGCUUCAACUACAUAUAUGUUGCACUCAUGACGCUUUGGGUGUAUGACUACAUACUGUGCCUGCCCGAUACGGUCAACUUUCUCGCCAAUUCUCGAUGGGGACUCAGCACAUUUCUGUAUCUAACUUGCAGCCACUUGCCACUUGUCUUCAUGUUAUUGAAUAUGCUUGUGGUUUUUCAGCCUGAUGCCCCGCUUCAUCUUUGCCGCUCUUAUAAUAUCGCUAAUACCUAUAUAGGGAUAAUGACGAUGACUUGUGCUGAGUGCAUCUUCGUGGUCAGGGCAUAUGCAGUAUGGGAACGGGAGAGAUGGUUCGCGGCGUUGGAGACUUUUGCAGUUGUUGCCUAUUUAGUGCCAAUUACUGUCAGCAUGCAACAGUUUAACUCGAGAGUCUCAGAGCCAUGCUGGAUCCCUGGCGUUACCGGAUAUCUGGAUACGGAGACAAGCACCAGAAUAUAUGUAGCGUUUGGCUUGCUGGCUAUGGCUGAGCUGCAAACAUUAUUACUUCUGUGGUAUCGCGUCAAAGGUCUUGGUGGCUGGGGCAUGGACAACCGCCUUAUGCGUGGUCUCAUGAAAGAUAAUCUGCUGUACUGUAGCUGCGGCUUUGCUUUUGCUGUCAGCGUCAUUGUCAGCACAGUUUUCUUUCCAUUUACAGUUGGACACAUGCUUUUAGAGUUUGUCCAUGCUCACUUUGGAUAAAAUUAUUGAUACAUUCGACACAGGUCUGAGGUUGUUGUUCAAGCUCUCUUGGCCACGCGAAUGCACAGGAACUUUUGGAGAUCGGACCGUGCUUUUGGCAGUAUUCCCACAGAUAUCUCCCUCACGACAUGGAUGAUAGGAGCUUUAAAUUUUGCGUGAGAGACAAAUUUGCUUUGAAGCGUGCCUGUACAAAUUUUAGAUGUGACCAUUGCGCAGGCUCUUAUACGGGCGAAGGCCAAAAAUGGAUGGACAAUAUCUAUGAAGAAGUCGAGUCGUACUGUGACAUGUGGCAUAGAUGUUCUUGUUAUAUUCAUGAGACUGCUUAUAUGACAUCGAAAAACUCUCCCAAGUAAUGUCACCAAGUGGAG